AUGGAGCAUGUGUCUGGAAACGAGGAGGUUGCGCAGGCAGUUCAUAGAGACAGUCAGGUCUCACAAGAUUCUCAAACCGCUGCAGACUUCAUCAACCAGCAACUAGCCCUCGAGGCCGAUGCGCGCGAGGUGCUACCCUACAAAUUCGACAAAUGCACGUAUCCUCUUGGGCCUCUGCGCCAGAAUGUCUUCGCAUGCCUAACAUGCAGUCCACCGCCCGCCUCCGCGGCACAAGUCUACACACCUGCGGGAGUGUGCUAUGCAUGCUCCAUUUCCUGCCACGGCGAACAUACACUCGUGGAAUUGUUUAGUCGACGGAACUUUGUAUGCGACUGCGGGACGACGAGACUUUUUGCCUCCUCUCCCUGUACACUCCGGUUAGACCCGCGGACCGGGGCUAGAGGCGUGCAUUCCCAGGAAGCUGCACCGGGCAAUCACUACAACCACAAUUUCAAAAACCGAUUCUGUGCCUGCGGAGAGGAAUAUGACGCCGACACAGAGAAGGGCACCAUGUUCCAGUGCUUGGGCCUGGGUACGGUUGAAACCGGCGGUUGUGGCGAAGACUGGUACCACCCAGAAUGUCUAAUGGGACUGGGAAGAGAUUGGUAUAAAAGUUUACAGGUGAAAGAGAAGGAGCACAAAGACACAGCGCAGGAGAUUGGUGCACAGUCACACCCGGUGCCAGCAGGGUUCCCUGGUGAGGACGAUUUUGACGCCAUGAUCUGCUACCGGUGCGUCGAGUCUAACCCUUGGAUCAAACGGUAUGCGGGUACUCCAGGCUUCCUCAAGCCUGUCUUCAGGAGAGAAACACCAACAGUCCUAGGGCCUGACACCACCAAUGGAUCUGCCACUUCCACAAACGUGCCUACGACCCUCAAGCGCAAGGCGUCCGACAUUGAUCUGGAGACAGGCCCAGCAAGUCCUGCAAAGCGCAGUAAGGACGAAGACGCCCACCAGGACUCUUUGCCCACCAUCGGUUCAACUUCCGAACAGGCAACCGAGACGAAACAAUCCCACAAACACGAUACCCUCCCUCCCGCCCCAAAAGGCGUUUUUUCCUUAUUCCUGAAGUCCGAUUUCCGAGACCAUCUUUGCCACUGCCCAGCCUGUUACCCCAACCUGAUCCCCCACCCACAGCUUGUGGAGGAUGAAGAGACCUACGAACCGUCGUUAUCGGCUACGUCCGAGUCUCACCCGGCGCCAGGGUCGGGCACUCGCUCACAAGGUACGGCGAGCUUACUGGACCGCGGCGAGGCGGCGCUUUCGACCAUGGACCGUGUCAAAGCGAUUGAAGGUGUCAUGGUGUAUAACCACCUGAGGGACAAAGUCAAGGAGUUCCUCAAGCCGUACGCCGAGAGCGGCCAGGCCGUGUCGGCGGAAGCUAUCAAGGCGUAUUUUGAGAAGCUGCGUGGCGACGAGAGCGCCAUCAAGGAAGCAGGUACGAAGCCUUUAGAUAGUACAGGCGAAGGGAGUGGAGGCGGGGGUGGAGGCGAUGGCAAUCGGAGGGAACAGUCAGGGUAUUAG